UGACCCAAGCACGGAGAUGUUCAACCAGAAGCCAGAGCGCGGCAUCGAGUUCCUGCAGGAGCAUGGAGUGCUGACCACGCCGCUAGACCCGCACGAAGUCGCCAUCUUCCUCAGAGAAAACCCGGAUUUGGACAAGAAAAUGAUUCGUGAAUAUAUCUGCAAGCGCUCGUCUCGCGGUGAAGACGAGGACGGUGGUCCCUCAGUCCUGGGCGCCUUCGCCGACAUCUUCGACUACGCCGGCUUGAGGAUCGACCAGGCUCUGCGACUGUAUCUGGAGACAUUCAGACUGCCCGGAGAAGCACCACUCAACUUCCUCGUUAUGGAACGAUUCGCUGAACGGUGGCAUAGCACGAACGGAGACCCAUCCGCGAAUACUGACGCGGCCUUCCGGCUGGUCUACUCCGUGAUCAUGCUGAACAUGGACCAGCACAACCACAACGCCAAGAAACUCAACGUGCCCAUGACCGUCGAGGACUUUGUCAAGAACCUCAGGGGGCUGAAUGGAUCUGAGGAUUUCGAUCAAAUCAUGCUUGAAGCUAUAUUCCAUUCUAUCAAGAACGAAGAAAUGGUGAUGCCAGCGGAACGUACCGGUCUUGUACGUGAAGCUUACCUCUGGCGCGUGCUGCAGCGUCGUGGCGCUGGUAACGGCACCCGCUACCGCGCAGUGCCCGCCCACCACCAGCACCACGCGAGGCUGCUCACUGUCGCCUGCCCGCCCACCUGGGUGACCCAAGGCACGGAGAUGUUCAACCAGAAGCCAGAGCGCGGCAUCGAGUUCCUGCAGGAGCAUGGAGUGCUGACCACGCCGCUAGACCCGCACGAAGUCGCCAUCUUCCUCAGAGAAAACCCGGAUUUGGACAAGAAAAUGAUUCGUGAAUAUAUCUGCAAGCGCUCGUCUCGCGGUGAAGACGAGGACGGUGGUCCCUCAGUCCUGGGCGCCUUCGCCGACAUCUUCGACUACGCCGGCUUGAGGAUCGACCAGGCUCUGCGACUGUAUCUGGAGACAUUCAGACUGCCCGGAGAAGCACCACUCAACUUCCUCGUUAUGGAACGAUUCGCUGAACGGUGGCAUAGCACGAACGGAGACCCAUCCGCGAAUACUGACGCGGCCUUCCGGCUGGUCUACUCCGUGAUCAUGCUGAACAUGGACCAGCACAACCACAACGCCAAGAAACUCAACGUGCCCAUGACCGUCGAGGACUUUGUCAAGAACCUCAGGGGGCUGAAUGGAUCUGAGGAUUUCGAUCAAAUCAUGCUUGAAGCUAUAUUCCAUUCUAUCAAGAACGAAGAAAUGGUGAUGCCAGCGGAACGUACCGGUCUUGUACGUGAAGCUUACCUCUGGCGCGUGCUGCAGCGUCGUGGCGCUGGUAACGGCACCCGCUACCGCGCAGUGCCCGCCCACCACCAGCACCACGCGAGGCUGCUCACUGUCGCCUGCCCGCCCACCUGGGUGACCCAAGGCACGGAGAUGUUCAACCAGAAGCCAGAGCGCGGCAUCGAGUUCCUGCAGGAGCAUGGAGUGCUGACCACGCCGCUAGACCCGCACGAAGUCGCCAUCUUCCUCAGAGAAAACCCGGAUUUGGACAAGAAAAUGAUUCGUGAAUAUAUCUGCAAGCGCUCGUCUCGCGGUGAAGACGAGGACGGUGGUCCCUCAGUCCUGGGCGCCUUCGCCGACAUCUUCGACUACGCCGGCUUGAGGAUCGACCAGGCUCUGCGACUGUAUCUGGAGACAUUCAGACUGCCCGGAGAAGCACCACUCAACUUCCUCGUUAUGGAACGAUUCGCUGAACGGUGGCAUAGCACGAACGGAGACCCAUCCGCGAAUACUGACGCGGCCUUCCGGCUGGUCUACUCCGUGAUCAUGCUGAACAUGGACCAGCACAACCACAACGCCAAGAAACUCAACGUGCCCAUGACCGUCGAGACUUUGUCAAGAACCUCAGGGGGCUGA